AUGACGAGCUUUCCUGAGGAUUAUUUCUACCUUAAGGUAGGUUCAACGAGCCUUGUAUUGGACGUUGAACGUGCUACCACUUUCUUUGGAUUUGGUGGUUCAAGCGUAAAGGAAGGUUCAAAAACUGUUAUCGCUUCGCAAAAAAGUGAAGCAGAAAAUGAUGCUGCCUAUCAACUUUGGAGACACGAAAAUGGUUAUCUUGUUAAUAAACAAACCAAUUUAUAUUUAGAAGUUGAUAAUGGAAAACCUGGUAACCGUAUUGUCCUUCAUCAUCAAAAACCUGGUUCUAAUGGUUCUAAUCAACGAUGGGCUUUGACCAAGGAAGGAUACAUUUCUUUAAAAAGCCAUCCUAAAUACGUUAUCGAUGUGAAAGGUGGUAAUGCAAAAGAAGGAUCACAUGUUGUGCUCUCUGAUAGCGGCUCAAAAAGUUUUAUAAAGUCUAACUCUGCCAAAUGGGAAAUUGUCUCUUUAAGCAAGAAACGUCGUAGUAUGUAUUUAAAUUAA